AGCGUCUUGCACCGCAUUGACCGAGAGGAGGUGAACCAGCUUCGCUUCACCGUCAUGGCCCGAGAUCGGGGCCAGCCCCCCAAGACAGACAAGGCCACAGUCGUGCUGAACAUCCGUGAUGAGAAUGACAACGUGCCCACCAUUGACAUCCGGAAAAUCGGGCGCAUCCCACUCCGGGAUGGGGUGGCUAGUGUGGCUGAGGAUGUGCUGGUGGAUACCCCCAUUGCCCUAGUGCAGGUGUCGGACCGGGACCAAGGUGAAAACGGCGUGGUGACCUGCACUGUGGUGGGUGACGUGCCCUUCCAACUCAAGCCGGCCAGCGAGGGCGAAGGGGAGCCGCAGAACAAGCGCAAGUAUUUCCUCCACACCUCAGCCCCUCUGGACUACGAAGCUGUCCGUGACUACAACGUGGUGAUCGUGGCUGUGGACUCGGGCAGCCCAAGCUUGUCCAGCAACAACUCCUUGCUGGUGCGGGUCGGGGACACUAAUGACAACCCUCCCAUGUUCAGCCAGGCUGUGUUGGAGGUCUCCUUCCCAGAGAACAACUUGCCUGGUGAAAGGGUGGCCACAGUGGUUGCCACGGAUGCGGCAAGCGGUAAGAAUGCCGGUGCCGAGAUCACCUACUCCCUGGAGGCCUCACCCCUCUCCUCGGAGGCACCGGGUGGCAUCUUCAGCAUAGAUCCCGACUCUGGGGACGUGUCGGUGCAGGCAGUGCUGGACCGUGAGCAACGCGACACCUACGAGUUCCAGGUGACAGCCCGGGACAAGGGGGUGCCGUCACUGCAGGGCUCCACCACAGUGGUGGUGAGGGUGGCAGAUCGCAAUGACAACGAACCACGCUUCAUGCAGGAUGUGUUCACUUUUUAUGUGAAGGAGAACCUGCAGCCCAACAGCCCUGUGGGCAUGGUGACCGUGAUGGACUUUGACAAGGGCCGCAACGCAGAGCUCAGCCUCUUCAUCCAGCCCAGUGACCACGACCAGGCAGCUGGCAUCUUUUCCAUCGAGAAUGACACUGGAACCAUUUUCUCUACCGUCUCGUUCGACCGGGAGCAGCAGACCAGCUACACUUUUAAGGUUAAGCCAGUGGAUGGAGGUGACCCGCCGCGCUCUGCCACUGCCACCGUAUCCCUCUUUGUGAUGGAUGAGAACGACAAUGCACCCACAGUCACCUUCCCCAGCAACAGCUCCUACACGGUUUUGCCACCCUCCAGCAACAUGCGCACUGUGGUGGCCACGGUAGUCGCCACCGAUGCUGACACUGGUCUCAAUGCUGACCUCAACUACAGCAUUAUUGGGGGCAAUCCCUUCAAACUUUUUGAGAUCGACCCGGCCAGUGGCGUGGUGUCGCUGGUGGGCAAGCUGGCCCCCAAGCACUACGGCCUGCAUCGCCUCGUGGUGCAGGUGAACGACAGCGGGCAGCCGCCCCAGUCCACCACUGCCCUGCUCCACGUCUUCGUCAACGAGAGCCUGUCCAAUGCCACCGUGGUGGAGAGCCAGGUGGCCCGCAGCCUGCACACACCCCUGGCCCAGGACAUUGCCGGCGACCCCAGCUAUGAGUUGAGCAAGCAGCGGCUUAGCAUAGUCAUUGGUGUGGUGGCUGGCAUCAUGACUGUCAUCCUCCUCAUCCUGGUGGUGGUCAUGGCCCGCUACUGCCGCUCCAAGGGCAAACAUGGCUACGAGGCUGGCAAGAAGGAUCACGAGGAUUUCUUCACCCCCCAGCAGCACGACAAGGCCAAGAAGCCCAAGAAGGACAAGAAAGGCAAGAAGGGCAAGCAGCCCCUCUACAGCAGCAUCGUCACCGUCGAGGCUUCCAAGCCCAACGGGCAGCGCUACGACAGCGUCAACGAGAAGCUCUCGGACAGCCCCGGUAUGGGGCGGUACCGCUCGGUCAACGGCGGCCCGGGCAGCCCUGACCUGGCCAGGCAC